AGGGGUGGGGGGCAGAGGAGGGAGAUCCAGCGGGCGAGUGGAAAAAGAAAAAGUGUGAGCCGGAGAAAGAGGCGCAGAGAAAGAAGAGAGAGUUGGCUCGGCGACUUUUGUUUCUCCGAGCAGCGCCGCCGUUUGCACCGCAAGCGGAGAAGACGAAGUAGAAGAAGAAGAAGAAGAGGAGGAUGAAGACGACAAUGAUAAUGAUGUGGAGCUCAACUCGACCAUGCGACAUGGUUCCAACCAGCAGGAUGAAAUUCUAGACUCCGUUCCUUCGCUCCACCGAGCACACACUCUUCCCUUCCCAACUUCGGCCUGCGCCAUUCCCAGCCGGGCUGCUUGGAUUCCCCCCGCGGAGUCGCGGAGCAACUUUUGCGCACCGGGGGAAAACAAACCCUGCGGAAAACAAACUUUAAGCAAGUCUGAGCAAGUUUUUUUGUUUCGCAAGCAGACUGACAAAAAGUGAUCGGAGGAGGACCCGAAAAGAGAAGAAGAAGAAAACUACUUCUUUUCAAACACGGGAAGCACCGAGUGUGCUAACAAGCUAACACGCUAGCCAACUCCAAAGUUAGCACUCGACGGCGAAAGUGAGCCAAGAAAGUCCCCGACCGCCACGAUGAAGACCCCGGCGGACACCGGGUUUGCCUUCCCCGAGUGGGCCUACAAGCCGGAGUCCAGCCCCGGCUCCCGGCAGAUCCAGCUGUGGCACUUCAUCCUGGAGCUGCUCAGGAAGGAGGAGUACCACGACGUCAUCGCCUGGCAGGGCGACUACGGCGAAUUCGUCAUCAAGGACCCGGAUGAGGUGGCCCGCUUGUGGGGGGCCAGGAAGUGCAAGCCCCAGAUGAACUACGACAAACUCAGCCGCGCCCUCAGGUACUACUACAACAAGAGGAUCCUACACAAGACCAAAGGCAAGAGGUUCACAUACAAGUUCAACUUCAACAAACUGGUGCUGGUCAACUACCCCUUCAUCGACAUGGGCUCUGGUCGAGGCGUCCCACAGAGCGCCCCGCCUGUGCCCACCGGAGGCACCCACUUCCGCUUCCCCCCGUCCACCCCUUCGGAUGUGCUGUCGUCCAGCGAGGAGCUGCGCAGCCCAGGCGUGUUCAGCAGCGUGGCGCGCCGCAUGGCCCGCGGCUCCGUCAGCGACUGCAGCGAUGGGACGUCCACCAACUCCGAGCUGGAAGAGGCGGUGGGGGCGGAGGAGCGGGGCGUGGGACCGGAGAGGGCGUUCAGGGGGCUGCUCCCGCCGCGCCUCCCCCACGAGUCGCUCUUCAGGGUCUACGGCGGCGCCCCCAACCCAGCAGGACUCCCUAGACCUGCCCACAGGGUCCACCCGGAGUCCCUGUCUCCAUUCCCAGUGUCCCCCCUGCCGGGCCCCGGCGGGCUACUGGCCCCGACUCUGUCCCCGGCCCUCUCCAUGACACCCACCCCCCACCUGCCCUACACCCCCUCCCCCUCGCUGUCCUCCCCCAUGUUGGGCUCCCACUUCUCCUUCAACCCGGAGGACAUGAAGCACUACCUGCAGGCCCACACCCAGUCCGUCUACAACUACCACCUCAGCCCCCGCGCCUUCCUUCACUACCCCAACAUUGUCAUCCCGCAGCCCCACCGCCCCACCCCAGAGAAGCCGGCCGCUCACCACCUGCACGCCCCACACCUGCCUCUCUCACAUUCACUAGGCGGGCAGCCGGGGGCUGGAGAGGAAGCGCACCAGCACCCGUCACCCUUCAAGUUCAAGCUGCAGCCGCCCCCUCUCGGUCGCAAGCAGAGGGAAGCAGGAAGCUCAUUGGCAUCUUCAUCCUCUUCCUCCGCCGCCGGCACGCCCUCCUUGUUUGCCGCAUCUGAGCAGAUGGCCGCAGGAGCGCCGAAGAUCAAGGUGGAGCCCAUAUCUGACAUCGAGUCAGAGGAGGAGGUGGAAGUGACGGACAUCAGCGAGGAAGACGAGAUGAACAACGAAGAUGAUGACAUCUUCACAGCCGUGUCCCAUCAUCAGCUCCACCAUCAUUCCAGGAAUAACGGGGCUGCCGGCAGCCCCGCCGCCCCCCUCCCACCCCACUCUGACCCCGACGACGACGAUGAGGAUGUCUUCAAGACUCCGGCCACCCCCCCUCUCAGCGCCGGCCACUCAGCGUUCCCGCUUCUCAGCCUAAAGAGCGAGCCGGCCCCAGGCCACCCGGCCCCUGUCAGCCCCGGGGGCACCCGCUGCAUCCCGCUCAAACUCCGCUUCAAGCGCCGCUGGAGCGAGGACCAGAAGAUGGAGGCAGACGGCGAGAGGGACGAGGCCGAGGACAAGAAAGUGCGAGCCGAGGGCAGAGAGAAGCCGGACGAGCGGAAGAGGGAGGGGCCGGUGGAGAACGGGGGAGGGAGGGGUGUCAUACUUGGCCUGAUGCUGCCGCCGCCCCCUACCCAACGCCGGGCCAGCUCUGAGCUCCAGCGAGCCACCGCUCAGCUGUCUCUGGAGAACGCCAGCUGCUGAGCCGACGGACCACGAGGCCCGCCAGAUGAAUGACCUUUGACCCGACGGAAUAACCCCACACUCCUUAAAAGGAUAUGUUUGGGCUCUUGGCGGCGGCCAUUCAACCCUUAAGACGAGCAGCAAAACACUAAACUCAACACGGACGCCCCAAACGCAGCGGGACCCCCAUCAGAUGACGCGGGGGUCUCAGACUGAUGCUGACGCCACACAAGUGCCUCGGGUCCGCUCACAAGGCGGGGGCUGUUUGCGUGUCGGCCAUCUUCCAGACUGAAGAGUGGGGAGCAUUGGCGACAGUGAGGGAACAUUCCGGACUUUACGGAACCGCUCCUUCCCGGGCCCCGGGACGUCCAGCAUAUGACCCAGGAGGCCACGCCCACUCUGCGGUGCGUGGGAGACGUGCUCAUCAUUCCCGUGUUGUUGCUGCGCUGCAUUUUUGGGCAUUUCCUGCUUCUUUGUGACCUUUUCGGCGCCGGGUGAUGACGCUUCACUCGGGCAGAGAGAUUAUUUUUGAUGAUGAAAUCAAGAAAGAAGAGUCCAAUUGAAUUACGUCAAAGUGUGCCUUUUAUAAGCCCCGCCCCCCUCUCACCACACAAAUGCCUUCUUGUUUUUCAAGUCAGUUUAUAUUUUACUCAAAAUCACUCAACUAUAAACCCAAUCUAUUUUUCAUGCCGAAGAUGUGUACAUAUAAACAAUAUAUAUAUAUAUUCUAUAUAGCAGCCGUUGUAUGACCACGCCUUCGCCUUCUUCUCCCGCUUGCCUUCUGCAGCAAACGCCGCCGCGGUUACCCUUGAAAUAACACCACAAACAACAUGGCGGCCACAUCUGGGUGGCGCCGCACUCUGAUUGGCUCCCACCCCACACACACACUCACACUCACACUCAGGCACCUGUCAGUCAGCUCUAAAAAGCACACACAGGAAAUGACAUCAUCAGGGCAUAAAAGAAAGAAAGUCGAUGUUAAUGUUUUGCAUCCAUUUCGAAGUAGCAAGCAAGGAAAGGAAACAACACAAAAAGCUCCGCCUCUUUUCACCUGUCCUCACUCAUUUAAUUUGGCUUUUUUUUUACUGUUACUCUGGUAAUGAUGAUAUUGUGUUGUAUUUUUAUUAUUAACCUGCUUAUUUUCUACUUUUUUCUGUGAGUGAAUUAUUUUUGCUUCCAAUUUGCACUCUCUUUCUCAUCAGUGGACCUUCUCUUUUGUUAGCUUUUUUUAUUUUUAGCCUUUUUUUUUUACCCCUGGUGAUGUACACUCACAAGGAAAUUGCUGUUUUUUUUAUUAUCGUUGUGUGUAUAUAUUUUUUUUUUCAUAUUUGGAGGAUUGUGUAAGAAGACUUAAAAAAAAAAACAUAACAUUGUAAUGUUUUACUGUUUUGUUUGGCCGGCUUCUCCUUAGCUGUCAGUCAAAAUGACUGACAGGGACGGAGCCGUGUGACGUUUCUCUUCUCUGUUCAUCUUCACGUGUAAUUAAAACAAUAAUCAGGGUUCAUUAAAAAAAGGUAAAAGUUGAUUUGUUGUAUUUAUUUGUUGUGUUCUCGCCAUGUUAGCUGCUGAUAGGACUAGCAUGUUGUUUGUGUUCUAUAAAUGUUAGCGUGCUAAUGUGACUAGCGUGUUUGUUUUCUAUGAAUGUUAGCAGGCUGAUAUGACUAGCAUGUUAUUCGUCUUUUAUGCAUGUUAGCGUGGUAAAGAGA